GAUUGAUCCAACAACAUGGCUCGCACGAAGCAAACCGCCCGCAAGUCCACCGGUGGCAAGGCCCCGCGCAAGCAGCUCGCCACGAAGGCCGCCCGCAAGAGCGCCCCCGCCACCGGCGGCGUCAAGAAGCCCCACCGUUACCGCCCGGGUACGGUCGCCCUCCGUGAGAUCCGUCGCUACCAGAAGUCGACGGAGCUCCUCAUCCGCAAGCUCCCGUUCCAGCGCCUCGUCCGCGAGAUCGCCCAGGACUUCAAGACGGACUUGCGCUUCCAGGGCUCGGCUGUCCUCGCCCUUCAGGAAGCCGCUGAGGCGUACCUUGUCGGCCUCUUCGAAGACACCAACUUGUGCGCGAUCCACGCCAAGCGUGUCACGAUCAUGCCCAAGGACAUCCAGCUCGCCCGCCGCAUCCGUGGCGAACGCUCGUAAAUUGGCGGUCCCCUAGCAUCUUGCUACUGCAUUCACCUGGUGUUUUUUAACACCACCCAUCUCAUUGAGAACUUAUUUAUCCUCCGGUCAUGAGCGCCAAGAUCCAAAUACUAGAUACAUAUCUUGAUUAGAGAUGGAUACAUCAGCGCCCAUGCAUGCGCUCAGCAGCCGCGCCCAGUUGCCUAGCUGCCGCCCGCGACUCAUCCCUUCAAUACUAGCGUCGGCGGCCUUUAGCCGAUCAACAAGCUCAUGAAUAUGAUGAUCGAUCUCAACGCGCUCGUG